AUGGCUUUUAUUUGGGUUUUCUGUUAAUUAGUUCACUGGUUUUUAUUCUUUGAAUUACAUUAAAUGAUACAGGAUAACAGCAGACAGAGAAAUCCAGCUUAUAGAGAUGCUACUUCUUCUGAAGAGUUUGUUGCUGACAGCUGCUAUGUUUUUCCAGUCAUGGCCCCAAUGGCUAGUUCAUCUUCCCCUUCUGGUGGUCUUGCCUGUGCAAUAGCUGCCCUUGCUGAACGUCAGCAAAUGGGCAGGGAAACUUCUUUUAAUAACCCUAACGGAAAUGUGUCAGCCUUCACUAUACUUCCUGUCAGCAGUAGGUUUUACAACAGGGUGGCACCAGAAGCAGAGAACUAUCAUCCAGCAGGGAGCUCAAUUGACAUGCCAGCCGAUUGUAGUAUUGCACCAGCAAGGGAUGAAGGUGAAUGGGGUGUAGAUCCUGCAUCAGACGUUGCUGAAGCAGGGACAAGCUAUGCAAGCUCGGAUGUGACAGAAGGUUCUGGUGAAAUUUCUGUGGUGCCACAACCAGCUGAAAUUGGGGGCCCUAUUCAAAAUAUCCCUGGAAUCGUGCCAGAGAGUUUUGAGGAGCAGAUGAUGCUGGCAAUGGCCGUAUCUCUUGCUGAAGCUCAAGUUGUGACUAGUGGGCCAGGCGUUCCAUGGCAAUAGAUUUAUGGCAUAGCUACAAAUGGUUGUUUUUCUCAAACAGAUGUCAAUGGCCACUGGGUAGUCAGCCAACCGUGCUUUGACAAAUCCUCAAAUAGAUGCACGCCGACUAGUUGAAGGUGAAGGUAAUGAUGAUCUCUUUUCCACACACUAUAAUUCCAUAUAAAGAUACUAAAAGUAGCAGAUUAUUUGAUGGAAUGAAAUGUUGUUUGGUUA